AUGGCAUCCUCCUCCAAAACAGCUCAUUUUCUACCUCUUCCUCCGCUCUCCCUUCGAGCCCCUCCACCGGUAUAUCGCCGCCCAGCAUUGAUCACGACAUACUCUCAUCAACCUGAUCGAAGUAUCAAGCAUGAUGAUUCAUCUAUGGCCUAUUAUCGACCAGCCCUCAUCGGGUCAGAUCUGAAUUAUGGGUUCGAGACAAAGGUUGAACGAGAUGAGGAUGAGGACGAACAUCUUGAUGGACUCUGCGACGCUCUGAGAGAAGUUCAGGAAAGCGGACAGCAAGCUGAAAGGAAAGGAGGAAUCGUCACAUGGAGAGGAAUGAUUACUAGACUCAUGGUUGCUCCUUAUGAAGAUCGCGAAGGGUGGGAAAUGACGGCAGUAGCUCUGGAUGGAUCGGUGUAUAUAGAGCUACAUGAUCCCCCGCACGCCCGGGCGAAAAGGCGCAAACAGCUAUCAGCAUGGGCACGACCGACAUAUAUGGGAUAUUCUUUCGAGUCCUUCUCUACGAUCCCUAGUCAAUCUGAAGAAAGUAAAGAGGAUCGGCCGGAAGGAUGGGGUGGAGAUGUGAAUACAAAUGUACAGCUCAAACUGAUUUUGCACGAAUUGAGCGACACUAACCCUGAAAGUAGUGUUGUGCGAUCAGCUAUAGGUGACAUUCCAUUAUGUCUUGGUGGAGAGGUAGAUUGUGUGAGGGCGGAACCUGGCACACCUCAUCCGGGACUUGAGAAAUGUGUAGAGCUGAAAACGAACAAGGUGAUCGAGAACGAAAAGCAGGAGUUCACCUUUCAUAAGAAGCUACUGAAGCAUUGGACUCAAAGCUGGCUGCUAGGUAUCCCCGAAAUACAAGUUGGAUUUCGAGAUGACGCAGGUAUACUCUGUGCUCAACGGCACUUUGAAACUGAGAAAAUUCCAAGAUUCAUCGCAUCUAUCCCUUCCGCAUACCCACCCUGGACUCCAAAUCCCUGUCUGCAUUUCCUCCAUGCUGUCCUUUCCCUCGUCCUCACCCACGUUCUCCCAACAGAUCCACUAAUCUUCCGUCCACCAGGGUCCCUAAGCCCAAAAGAUCCACUGCCCUCAGCUACGGUAUGGAGAUUCAGCUUUGUCCCGAGGAGAGGAUGCGAAUUGUAUAAAGUUGGGGAGGUGGGAACAGAAAAUGGAAGAUGGGGUGGAAUAUUGAAAGAGGAUUAUGUUCGAUGGCGUAUGCGAUGA